UAUUUGCUUUCUAAAAAAAAUGCUUUCUUUAUUAUUAAAAAAAAUGUUGAAUCCAUGAAAAAAAAGGCAAAGGCAGCAAGUUGAUUAUUCUUGUUUGUUUCAAAGAACAUGAGGCCAUUUGUGUCACUACUUAAAGAUCCGAAAAUCAGAAGGUCAUGUUUCUACGCGAUCUUUCCUACAGCUUCGUUUUUGUGUUUGAUUCUCUUGUUAGGGGGCGACUUUACAGAAAAUGAUAAUCAGAGAAGUUCGCGGUGGAAAGGACGAAGAUCAUGUGAGAAUCAAUGCAGGCCUAAUGGAAGUGAGACAUUACCUGAAGGUAUCAUCGCCAAGACGUCUAACUUUGAAAGACGGCCAUUAUGGGGUUAUCCAGAGAAAAAAGUGCCUUCAAAGUACUUAUUUGCUGCAGCUGUUGGGAUAAAGCAAAAAGAAACAGUAAACAAGAUGGUACUAAAGUUUCUAUCAAGUGAUUUCGUGGUGAUGCUUUUUCACUACGAUGGUAAUGUCGAUGGAUGGAGGACUUUUAAAUGGAGUAACAGUGUAAUACACAUCUCAGCUUUGAAUCAAACAAAAUGGUGGUUUGCAAAGAGAUUUUUACAUCCAGAUAUAGUUGCUGAGUACAGUUAUAUCUUCCUCUGGGAUGAAGACCUCGGAGUUGAAAAUUUCAACCCAAAACGAUACAUAUCUAUUGUGAGAGAUGAAGGUCUUGAGAUUUCACAACCAGCUCUAGAUAUGGGGAAAUCAGAGGUGCAUCAUCAGAUUACUGCCCGCGGGAGGAGAUCAAGAGUGCACAGAAGGACUUAUAAGGCUGGCGAUACUGGCACUCGAUGUGACUAUACCAGUAUGGCUCCUCCUUGUACAGGGUGGAUAGAAGUAAUGGCUCCUGUGUUUUCCAACGCUGCCUGGCGCUGCGUCUGGUAUAUGAUCCAGAAUGACUUGAUCCAUGCUUGGGGUUUAGACAUCCAGCUUGGUUACUGUGCACAGGGAGACAGAACUCAAAAUAUUGGAGUUGUUGAUGCUGAAUACAUCGUUCAUUAUGGCCUUCCGACACUAGGGGAGCCUGAAAAGAAGAAGAAUUUGACAGUGGGUGGAGAAAACAUCACAAGCCUUGGAAAACAAGCACCAUCUCAACCCAACACUCCCAAUUUCAGGGUGGAGGUGAGAAGACAAUCAUACAACGAGUAUAAGAUAUUCAAAAGACGAUGGAAACAAGCUGUCAACGAGGACACAUGUUGGACGGAUCUCUAUCCAGAGUCAGCUGAAAAGUAAAGCAUUGCUCUACAUGGACUUUCAGUACAUCAGGUUCUUGAAAAGGAUGAAAUGAACGCGAGAUGCUGCAGAUUCAAGAAAUGGAGAUAGGCAAAGAUUGCACAUUAGCUGCUAAUUUUCGCGUUAACAGAAGGAAGGACAUCAAAUCUGUGAGUGUCACAGUUUAAAGAAGUAGAUAUGAUGCAUAAGAAAUGUAAAGUGGAUGAAUUAUAAUUUUAGAACAGCAGAAAAAAUGUACAGUUUCUAUAAAGUUACAAAUAUUGAUAGAUAAAUAUGCUAAUACUCAAAAACAUGGAAGUUUUUAGUUAUACA